CCUCAGUCGACUCAACUACGUAUCUCAGAACACACUGGAAACAACAAAGAAACAAACACAAAUAGGGCGAUGUCCGACAUAAUUUUAGCUAGCUCGAGUGAUGUCAUCGAUUCAAGAGAUUCUAUCGAAACAGGAAGCGAGUCUUUUGAGCCAGUGUCGAAAAAGCAGCGUAAAGAUGAAAGUAACAUCGAAAAAACCAAAAAUGUAGACGAAAGACUAGAAACUCGACUAGGGGGUAUUUUGUGCUGUUCGGUUUGCCUGGAUCUGCCUUCGAGCGCAGUGUAUCAGUGCUCUAAUGGACACUUAUCAUGUGUGGGCUGCUUUAACCAUUUGCUAGCAGAUGCUCGUAUGAGAGAUGAGACUGCAACAUGUCCCAACUGCCGUACAGAAAUCAGUAAAACAUUGUCCUCUCGAAAUUUAGCUGUGGAAAAAGCUGUUAGUGAGUUGCCAGCUCAGUGUCGUUAUUGUUCAAAUGAAUACUCCAGAAACACAGUAGAGAAACAUGAAAAGGAGCUUUGUGAGGAGAGGACCACUAUGUGUAAAUUCAGCCGUAUCGGUUGUCAAUGGCGAGGCCCUUUCCAUGAAGUCUCGGUUCACGAAUCUGUGUGCGUUCAUCCACACCGGAGUGGCGGUGAAUUAAUGGAGUAUCUUCUCAAUAUGGAUGGAAACCAUCAAGAAGAGAAAAAGCUCUAUGCCACUUUGUUUGAUUUGCUCUCCUUUGAAAAAAUUGCAUUCAGUGAUGUUCAGCUGAAACCAUACCGGACUGACGAGUUCAUUCAUAAAUUGUAUUAUGAAACCAGCCGUUUUUACGCCUUCAGUCAUCAGUGGGUGAUCAAAGCCCGAAUCAACGCCGACCAGAAGGAUCCUACCCAAUCUUCGGAACGUGGAAUAAGUUAUCAGUUAAUAUUGAAAUCGAAAGCCACCAGUCCCAUCACGCUUUACUUUCUCAUGCUACGUGGACCUUUUGGGGAAAUGCAAGUCCAGCCCAAGAUCUAUCAUUUCGAGUUUUCAGAAUCGAAUUGUGAAAGCCCUUUGGUGGCCUUCCCGCUUACUGAUUCAGCUGAAUGCAACAAGGUUCUUUCGGGCAAAGCGAUCAACUGCCGGUUGAUCAUGUUUAUGUGUCCCAAGUGAAACAGGGGUUGGCCCUUAUGUUUUCUGAUGAUCAUAUUUUGGCAGAAAUUGAAAAUCGAAGAAGUACGCAUCUGUUCGUCGUAGCAUAGCAUAACGGUAGACGGAGAAAAUGGGAGUGGAACCGAAAACAAAAUCUGUUGCGCUCAGGAGUUCUUGAUCUCGACACAACCAUUUAUUAUCCUUUUUGUAGUAUCUAGCGUCUUCUGCCGGAUUUUAAAUUCUCCGGGAUCCACUCUUUCAACUCUUUACCUCAAACGAGCAAGACCAACGUAUCUUGGGCGUUCCUCGAUUAUCAUUUUUUCUUAAAUUUUUUUUUCUUUUUUCGUGUUUUGGUUUAAUUUUUCAUUGCGAUUUUUUUUUUCAUUUAUAUUUCUAUGUUGCAAUCGUAUAUACGUAUACGGGAAGAAGAAAAAAGCAAACUUUAUUCGGAGGAAGAAAGCAGAUCGAGAUAAAAUAUAGAAAGAUGUAGUGUUUAAUAGACUCUGUACUUUGGUUUAAUGAACAAUUUCUUACCGUGCAGUAUAUAACCCACCUCUUGUCACGGUGGGUUUGACUUUCUCAACCACUGCCACCACCCCAAAAAAAAGGAAACAAAGACGAAGAAUCAAUACAUUUUUUUUCCUUUUUUUUUUUAA